UUCGAGCGAAAGAAAACACACUGCGCGUUCUAAGGACUAUAGACCUGAAGUCGCAAAUAUAUACACGCGUCACGAGUUAUGCAGCGUCUUAUGCGACAACCACGAGUAGAGAGUCUAUCUGCUCACAACGAGGUACAGCUAAAUUCACAGCGGACAAUAAGUUAGUCACUGUCGAUGACCACGACGACGACGACAGUGUAUACGCUUGACCGCGACAUUGCGCGACUCGGGCGCGCCUGUUGUGGCCGCGCAGGUGACGCAGACGUGCUCGUGUCCCGGUCCGGGCCGUUCCUCGGGUGGUGGACCCGGAGGGCGCUCGUCGCGUUCCUCGCGGCCGCCGCAGCAGAUCCUGCAGCACCUGCCGCAGCAGCGCGUCUGCGGCGCGCGGGCUCCGUCGCCCACCGCCGCCAGCGUGUCGUCCUCGGCGAACACCGUGCCCGCCGCCGCAGCGGCCGGCGCGGCCUCCUCGUCGUCGUCCCGGGCCGGCGGACAGCAGGACGGCGGCGGCAGCUCGACGGCCCAGCAGCAGCAGGCUAGCGGCCCGCCGCAGGAGCCCUUCUUCCUGCACGAGCCCCACAUGACCGUCAGCGACCGGGUGCGAAAGCUGUUCGAGAGCGCGGCGGGAAUCGCCACCGCGAACACGGCGUCCCUGCAGCCCGGCAACCUGCACGUCGUCACUGCAGAGGUGCACGACAACUCCGGCAACGCUGACAGCUUCGGCAGCAGCGCCAAGACCGAGGAGUCCAAGGGCGCCGGCGGCGGCAGCUCGUCCGACUCGAACGCCAGCACAGACGAGGGCAUCUGCCAGGACGACGCGACGCUCGAGGAGGACUGCAGCGAGAAGCGCGAUUCGGACGCCGCGUCCCUGACGCCGCAGAGCGCGAGGCGCAAGGCGCCUUCUCCGGACGUCGCCUCGUGCGCCUCGUCGGUGGCCGGGGGUCCCGACGACCCCGAAGAGGACGACGACAUGGCCGGACGUACCACCAUCUUCCACAGCUCGCAGAUGAAGUGCAAGUCGCCGCCGCCGCUGCCGCCACUGCAGCCGCAGCAGCACUCGCCGGCGCCUCAGCAGCCGGCGCAUCAGCCGGUCUCAGCAGCACAGCCACCGGCUCAGCAACAGCAGCAGCAACAGCAGCAGCAACAGCAGCAGCAACAGCAGCACCAACAGCAGCACCAACAGCAGCACCAACAGCAGCACCAACAGCAGCACCAACAGCAGCACCAACAGCAGCACCAACAGCAGCAAGUGCAGAACAACAGCAGGACCACUCCCUCCCCUGCCAUGCUGAAGCCCGUCUCCAAGACGUCUUCUCCUCGGUCGCCGAUUUGUUCCAAUGGCAACGGCAGCAGCGACACGCCGAAGUUUCCGUCGCAGGCGCUUCUUCGGCCCACACCUGGGUCCGCGCUGCUUCGCGACAUGCCGUACGCGUCUCCCCCGCUGCGCAACAAGUGCUCCUCGCUGGCCGACCUCCUCGACGCUGACCAGCAGCACCACCAACAGCAGCAGCAGUCGCAGCCCCAGACGUCGUCGGGCCACGCCACGUCGUCGCCCAGCCAGCCCCGCGGCCAAGUCAAGAAGCCCUUCGAGAACGGCAUGAAGAAGGCUUCGUCCACGAUGUCGCUGGUCACGCCCCCGCUUCAGCUCCCUCCCGCACCGACGCCUGCAGCCUCCGUCAGCGCCAGUGACGCGUCCCUCGCCGAACUAAGCAGCAGCAGCAGUGAUUCGGACUACGAGACCAUCUGCACGGUGUCCACCUACAAGGAGGACAAGCUGGUCAAGUCACUCAGGCCGGUGACGCAGGCCGCAGACACUUCUACCUCCUCCACGACCUCCACGUCAUCACCCGCAACGCCUUCACCGCCUCCGCCGCCACCGCCCUUGUGUACAGCCGUGUCAUCGCCCCCGCCUCCACCGCCGCUGCCCAAGAGCUUCGACAUCCGGUCCACGGAGAGCACGCUACGACGACCCGGGUCGCUGGGCACCAGCAACGGCGGAGACUGCUGCCGCUCGGAGACAUCGUCGAACGCGGACGCGGACGAGACGGCGUCCUCCGUGAGCACCACGCUCAGCGAAGAGAGGACGCUACCGAGGUUGUUCGAGAGACCCGUGCCCUUCAUUCCGCCCAUGUUCAUGCAGCCGCCGGACUCGGACACGAACCUCAAGCCUUCCGAGUACCUCAAGACGGUGUCCAACAAGCCCAAGCCGCACCUGACAAACAAGGACUCGAAGCUCGAAAACGGCGUCGCGACGAAGAGGCCCCUGGGAAGGGUCAUCGAUACUCCUCCGGCGGCUUCCGCCCAGAACGCCGCCAACGCACAUUCCAUGACGCUGCCACUGACCGCAAGCAUCGCGAGUGUCGCCAAAGCGCUCAACGGACUCAACGGUCUGGGCAGCCCGCACAAUGGUACCAACGGUCACGGCCUCGGGUACAACGGGCUCAGCGGCCUCAACGGAACGAAAGCAGGCAACGGAAGCCUGUGCGGCGGCAGCGUCAGCAGCGGCAGCGUGAACGGAGACGACUCGCCCACGCCCUCGCUCUGCGAAGAGAAGAUUCACAGCAACGGUUCGGCUGUGAACGGCGACGUCAGCAGCAGCUGCAGCACUAACAGCCUGCCGCGGUCCAUUCCGUCGACGCCAUGUUCCCCUCAGCCGAACGGCGGUGCCUUCUCUAUCACCAAGGAGCAGCUGCAGAACGUUCAGCUCAAGAGGACGGACAAGCCAAGCACGUUGGAGCGGUGCGUCCUGCUCCAGAAGAGCCCGUGCAGCACGCUGGCCGAGCAGAAGAGCACCAUCAUCGAGGAGCUGAAGCAGUCCAUCGGCACCCAGGGAGUGCACGGCGUGCGGAAGCUCAAGGAAGAGCGACAGAGGCUCGAGGAGGAAAAGGAGAAGAAGAAAGCCGAGGAGCUUCUGCAGCAGAUAAAGGCGACCAACUUCGUGGACACGAUACCCGAGAAGGAUAACAACGGCUGCGUCAUCCCCGCCUGGAAGCGCCAGAUGCUCGCCAAGAAGGCGGCAGACAAGGCGCGGAAGGAGGCAGAGGAGGCGCUGCAGAGAGAGGCUGAAGCGAAGAAAUGGACAUCAGUGCCUGCUUGGAAACGUCAGCUUCUCAUGAAGAAUGGCGACGCUACAUUACCAAGCAGCAGGUCCCUCGGGCCUAAACCCUUGACGGCAACGCUGAGCUGUCCCGCAACGCCGGUGUCUAGUGCCCCUUCUUCGACAACGUCCACGCCGGCGUCGACGCCGUCCAAACCGGAGAACGGAACCGACGGCAGCAGCAGCGAGCCGGCGUCUCCGGCCACGGCGCCCCACGCCCAGUCCCUGGUCAUUGCGGAGGAAGACAGGCCGCAGAACCCGUUCCUGCAGCACGGCCUGCGCAAGGUCAACGUGCGUCUCCACUGAGCUCGGCAGUGGAGGCGAGAGUUCCGAGAGGCUGCUAGCUCGCAAGAGUCUUCCCCCCCACUCUCCGGCGACGUAUGUGAGAGUGUGUGUGUGUCAAAAAGAAAUAUUCGAUCGUCUUCAAGAGAGCCGACGAAGACGAUGACGCGGAAGAAGACGCGGUGUCUCGCGAGGAACGAUGCCCGUACGUGGAGAAAGACUCUCGAGUGCCCCGAUCGUUUUGUUACGUUGUUUGUUGUUUCGUUUCCUCCACGGUCCCUCUUUUUUUUUUUUUUCUUUCUUCCCUUCCUCGCUGUGUGUGUGUGAAGACUGUUGUUUCCUCGCCGUCCCUUCUUCUUCCGGUGCACGCACAUACACACACACACGCAUGCGCGGACACACACGCAAACGCGUUAAGCGUUCUGCAGGGGCGCCGCCGAAUCCUGCGGCGCCGAGGCCUGAGAGAACGACUUAACCGUGCUGAUGACAAGUUCUGUUGCUCUUUUUUUUUUCCUGAACUGGCCAUCUUUACGCGAUGUGAAAGCAGAAAGGGGAAAAUGGGACGUCACGGACAUAUCCUCCGGUGCGCAGAUGUGUGCUUAUUAGCCUAAGCAAGCAACCUGUGCUGCCCUUUAGCGAACAAAAAAAAAACUUCUUUUACACGUACGUAAGAAUAUGAACAGCUCAGUUGCGGCGCUCGAUUACGGAUUCGAGCAGAAACCUCGUGUCUGCGAUCGCUUUCGAGCGGGAAUGCUAUGCGGGCUUUCACGAUGAACGUGAAUUUCAGAUUUGCAACCCGGCUGAAAAAGUGAUGCCCGCACCAUGACUGCUCUGACCACGGCGAAAAUGAGGGACGCAAAUUUAGGGAACUCGCAUGUGUAGGGAAUAUUAGAACACAUGCAGCAUGCGCAUAACUUUUUCCCCGAGGCCGCAUGCGACGCAUUGUCCGAUUUAAGGAAAGAUUCCCGAAACUUGUGCACUUUAUAGUGACGCCUAUAGUUGGACUGUCUAUGAAAUCACGUGUUGAGAGAGUGCCACGCGAGAGAAGGGGGCGCAUUGCAGAACGCCGCCAUUUUAUUUCUGCCCGUGCGACCGACUGAGCACAGCAAUUAAGCCGCAGCUUUCACGGCAACACACGCAGGCGCAGGGAGAAAGCUUCCUGGCUGGUCGUUGAAGAAAAGAUUCGACGAGGUCUUGUGGCUACGGUGGCACUACAGGUUUCGUGCCCCCUCUAUGCGCAUCACGAUGGCUAGUCCCCACGCAUUCGGUGCAACGAUGCGACAUCGAUAGCACAAGGAACUUGCAUUUUUAUUCAUUAGGCGUUGCGUCGAGGUAUCUUAUGCGCGAGCGAACUUGGUGUGGACUUGUCGGGCCGAGAACUACUCUUUCGGACGCCGCGAUUCCUUUAAGCUCGCACUAUUUCCCGAAGGUGAAACCUUCCCAUUCCUUAUACUUCCUCCUCUGUCCUGCUAACUUUUCCCCGGUAGUUUAUCUUACCGAGCCCCGAUUUCUUUUUUUUAGAUUUUGUUUGUUUGUGAAUGCGAAGCCGCUCGAUUAGCGCGUCGAGCUCACUGCCGACUUUGGCGAGCGCUUAAAAAAGGUCACUACUUGACGGAGACGGCGGGCUCUGCUUGGGGUGAAGAUACUAUAGUAUUUCGACAGCAUCUGUCGGCCACGCGACCUACGGAAGUGUGUAAAAGAGGAGGAAAAUAAAGCUUUUAUGAGCCAUUUGCAGACUGAUGCUAAGGCAGUAAUGUUUUUUUUUAAUCGCAGCGUAAUCUUAUUCUGUGUAGCCGAACUAACCUGCUUCUUUUACGAACUGUCUUUGUUUCUGUACAUAGCGUCGAAUUAUCUAAAGGCUGCGCCUGAGAUGCCUUUGAGAUGCCUUUUACCUCAACUUUUUCAUCAUCUUGCGUCUCUGCAAUCUAGCUUAACGUAUGAUGUAACACUUGCACUUCUUUUAUUUUCUCUUUUUUUAUUCCCGUAAAUUUUAACACGAUGUCUUUAUAAGGGCUACGUGUCGUCAAAGAGCGCCGUCAACGUCUGCUAUCGCUCCGUUGAGGAGUCUCUGUGCUGUGAACGUAAUCAAAAUUUUCCCACCUCUUUGCAACUUGUCUUAAACAUUAUGACUACGAAAGAAGCAGGGUUUUUCUUUCUUUUACAAGUCCUAUCGCCCGUCAUAUUUAAGUUUGAUGAGGAAAGCAGGACUAAAGCAGCGACAGGUCCCCGACAAAGAGUUUCGAGAAACAACGCGAGCUGGACGACAGGGUCUCCUUGAAGCGCUAGUCUUCGGAAGCACCUAUAAGGAAGAUUAUAACUUGCGCGAGACAGGGUUAAAAGAUAUUUCCUGUAAAUAAGCUCGUGAAAAAGGUGUCAACUCCAUUAAUCCGCAGAUGAGCCAAACAUCCGCGUUAGGCUUAGAAAACACAAAGUCAAGCAACUUUUGCGAGGCCGAGUGAAAAGACAGAUUUUUCUUUUUUUAUGCAAGCUCUCGCAAAGUUCUGUCAAGUGAAUUUAUCCGCAAGCGUGUGAAACUUCAGCGAUGGCAGAAACCUUUUCUUUAAGGUGGGCUGGCCAGGCUGAACUCGGCUAUCGUGCGAGUUUUAAGGUUUGUGAGCCAAUAUUUAAAAGACGGCAAUUUUCGUGAGGCAGCGUCUGCUGAUAACGCUUGUUGAAAAAAAAAACAUUAAGCGUUAGGAAAAUCUCUUCCAAUCGCAUUACCAUUUCGCAGUAAGGAGAUCGCUGAUGCGCGAUGGCCAGGGGUCAAGUAUUACAAGGAGCCAAGCAGCCUACCAGAUGACGGCGUGCCUUUAACGCAGCGCAGCAGAUGCGAGAAAGAAGGCGUUUUUUUUGUCUUUACUCUCUCCCCAGGUUGCUGACGUCAUUACCCGCGGCGGUAAUGUUUUACGACACGUUCAGGCCACUCUGCGAAGUCAUGCCGGGAGACGUUAAUUUUCGGCGACAUGCGUGGUGCACCGCCCGAGCGUCUUCCUCUACGCGCGCGGACCGACCGGUGAAAGCUCUAUUUUUGAGAGAUAUAAAAAAAAAUAGAGAAGGAGAGACCAAGUCAUGGCGGCAACGUGGAGGAGUGCGAACGCUUCUUUCUCAACUGUUCAGUCUGUUCGUUUUGUUUGAGCGCGUGUGUGCGAGUGAGAAUGUAUGCGUAUGUAUUUUUUUUUCUUUGCAGAUGAAAAAUAAAUGUCUUCAGAGAAAUAAAAGAA